GAUCGCUGGGCCCAUCCGGUCCCUGCUCAAAACACUUUCGGUUUCCUUCGCGAUGCGAUCUGCUCUACUCUACAAGUCCCCUUUUACGCAUUUUUUUCUCCAUUUCCUGAAUAAAGUAGUGAAGGAAAAUAUCAUCAAGGACAAUAUAUUCUAAAUGAAAAUAAAAGUUCAGUGAGUUUUGCCGAAGAACAAUCUGAAGGUUUAUUGUUUAUUGAUGGAUCUAAUUGAAUAUUCUGCAAGAAGGUCAAAUAUAUAAGAAGUGGAAAAACGAGAACCGAUGUACCAUGUGCAGCCGGAAUGUUAUGUAAUGGCAUUCGUGAAUGACGACUAGUGAUUGUCGUUGUCAACAAUGAGCAGAUACAAAAUCACGUCGAGCCAAGCGUGACGAGAGAAAUUGACUUUUAGGAUCUUGCAAAGUGUGAAGGAAUCCAAAAAUGGCGAAAAAUUUUAACUUGGUCGGCAUGAUUAUUUUCUUUCGAAUAAUGAGGAUAGGAUGGUCUCAAGAUUGUUUGGACACAGGAUGGGAAAAAAUUAUCGAUAUGAAACCAGAAAGCGUUAAUUCGAGUUCGGUUUUAUACGUCGGAAUGAAUUCCCAAGGUCUCGUCAACACAUGUUUUGAAAGGUGUAAAAAUACAAAUUGCAAUGCAUUCGUCAUAGACGCCGCAAGAAGUGGUUGUUUCAGUGUUCAGCCAGACGGUGAUGAUCUCGUGCCGGAACCUAAUGUCACUUUUUAUCAUAAAAUCUGCAUAAAAGUUCCUCAGGCAUGUAAGCAAUCCAGGCUCUGGCAAGUCGAACGAUCGAUAGGGGCAAUUUUGAUCGAUACCAAUACCGAUUGGUUGUCCAAAUUGAUGACCAGAGGAGAAUGCUAUGAAACAUGUUUUCAAGCAGGAGAACGGUGUAAAUCGGCCCAAUUUCGAACUAGUCGCGACCUCGCAAUAGGAGAUACAGUAGGAAAAUGUUCUCUUUCGUCUCUUGAAAGGGGAAUUAGGCCCCAAGCUUAUAGGGCCUCCUGGUACAGAGAUGAGUAUCUUCAAAGUCAGUGCCAUAAUAUUUCUAAAGUUGAUUAUUGCUCCUAUGCUGAGUAUCGUAAUCUAUCCUUACCUCUCUCCGACUUUAAAGUACCAGAUCUCGAUAUUAAACAAUGUGAAGAAAGAUGUGACCAGAGCAAUGACGGCUUCAUGUGCAGAAGUUACACCAUGAUUACUGAUCCAAAAACUAAUCGAGCAGUAUGUCUUUUACAAUCUGAAGAUACUGUCAGUGCUGGAGCCAGUUCUUUAGUCAGCACACCUGGUGCAAUUUAUAAAGAACGAGAACCUUGUCUUGACUUGAAAGUGAGAUGUACCAAUUCGAGUAUGAUUGUCGAAUUGGGUACAUCUGAGCCUUUUCAUGGAAGAAUUUAUGCCAGCGGAUUCAGUGACAGUUGCGGUAUUCAAGGGAAUGGAAACAAUAUGACAAAACUCAGUUUGUCAAUACCAAAAAUGAAUGAAUUGAUUACCAGCAAUAUGAACUGUGGUCUCGCACCCGCAUUUUCAAUUGAUAGUGACAAUCAAACUCAUGCCGUGGUUUGGUCCACCAUUAUCGUACAAUUCAACCCCAUAAUUCAAAGACAAGGUGAUCAGGCCGUAAGAGUUGGUUGUUCACUAGAUGAUGGUACAAUGCCUGAACCGAGAAAUAUUUCUGUUCAUUCUAGUUUCACAUUUCUAGAUCCAAAUGCAGGUAUACCACCAAUAAUAUCAACAGUGGUUAACACUUCAUCGCAGACGCCUACUGUUAGAAUGAAAAUUUUAGAUGAAUUUUUGAGGGAAGCGAGAGUAACUAAGUUGGGACAAAAACUUAUACUCAAAAUCGAAAUCCAACCCUCUAAUGGGACAUACGAUAUAAAAGCAGGCCAUUUAGUAGCAAGCAGCGCCUCAGGAGAUGCAUCAAUUCUUCUCCUUGACGAAAUGGGUUGUCCAAUUGAUUCUAAUGUAUUUCCUGCACUUAUGAAAGAUCCGAUCGAUAAUCGAUCUUUAAUUGGUGAAUUCAGUGCAUUCAGGUUUCCAAACAGUCAACAAGUUGGUUUCAGUGUUAUAGUGAAGUUCUGUUUAGAAAAAUGUGAACCAACUGUGUGUAAGAGCAGGCAGAUAUCAUAUGGUAGGAAACGUCGUGCAAUUAUUACAAAUUCAACUGAUGCAAGUGUUCACAAAUUGAAUGAAGAUCCCGGAACAAUUGCUCCUGAUGAACUUCCUCUACAAUCGUGGAUUUAUGUUGAAGACGAAAAUAUUCAACCAGACUAUUUACUUUCUAGACAAAAUGGAAAACCAGAUACGUUUUAUAUUUCAAAUGGAGGAACCUUAGAAGAUGUUCUCUGUAUGAAUUCAGUGCUCGUAUUUUGUCUUCUAAUAGUAUGGCUCAUAAUUCAAAUUAUUUUAAUUGCUUGUUGCGUGAUUGCAAUUUUGAAAUAUCGAAAAUUGGCUACAAAAGCUGAAGAAGACAGAGCUGAUAUUUUGGCACGGCACCUUUAUGGAAUUCAUGGUGGCAAUUUUGAGAUUUCGAGAAGAGUCAGAUGGGCCGACCAUAAUGGUUCUUCUGCCAGUUAAAUUUGAAAAAUAAUUCAAAUUUCGAAGUGUGAUCAGUUUAAAAAAAUAUGUUACUCAUGUUUAAAAUUCUCAAAUUAGAAUCUUGUCGAAAAUAGUACCAAAAUUUUUAUAUUAAAAUCAUAAUUAAAUAUUGAUACUUUUAUGUCAGAUAAGAUUUUUUAUAUGCUGUAGAAAAUAUUAAUUUGUUGUUAUUGUAACACUACCGAAAAUUGUCAAAAUUAUUAAUUUUAAAUUUUGUGUAGUGUUCUUUUGUUUGAUUUUGUACAGCCAAUAUUAAUGUAACAAAACUGCCAUAAUACUGCCACAUUUAUUGGUCAAUUUUGAUUAAUUAUAAUUUUUAGUACAUAUAUUCAUUUCGAAAUUUCUAACAGUUCAGAGAUCUAACUGUAUUUAAAUUAUUUAACUAGGAUUAAUUGUAUAGUUACAGCAUUAUAUUAAAAUAAUUAUUGUAUUUAAAUAAUCUAAUUAAAUAAUAGGGGAACCUACCUACAGUGAAUAAUGCAACCUACAGCAAAUAAUUAUUAAUACGGAGUGCAAAUUAAAAAAAUAAUAAUUUAUUAGAACGUAUAGUGUCUUGACUAUUUAUUACAAAAAUCAAUCAUUUUAUAUAAAUUAUUAUUUUGAAUUAAUAAUUAUCCACUAUAGCGAGGUUUACCCCAUUCUAUUUUUUAAAUCAAAAUAUACAUUAUAUAAUAUUUAAAAUUCUAUAUCUUAUACAUAUUUUAUUAUGAAAAAGUUUUUUAUGUUCGUAUAUAAAUUAAAACUGAUUGAACGUGAUUAACUUCAAAUUUUUAAAUGCAAGAUAUAUUGUUGUAUGCAAAAUCUAUUUGUAUG